CCGAACCGCGCACAACCGGUGCCGACGGACAGUGUUUGACAGUUGAUACCGAGAGCCGACCGAACGGUCCGCUUGCUUCUAGACUUCGACAGACUGCUGGACGCCAGGGCGAUUCCCGCUCCGGUGCUGCGUUCGUAUCAGUUUCCCAGCAUCCUUCAACCGUAUCGAACGCAGCGGCGGCGAGUUAGGAAACAGCGGUUCGUUUCGGUGGCUGACUUGGAUGGACACAGACACAGCAUCACAGCAGGCCAAGGGGCGUUUUCUGCGCGGGUGUUUGUGGAACGGGUCCCGAUUGCUGCUCUUAUGUCAGUAGGCCUUGUGGCGUGGUCCACGUGAACUUUGACCGUUUCGCGCGCGUGGUUGUUUCGGUCGGUAGGAUUCGUAGAAAGCGUGGCACACUACGACCGUUGGAUUACUCCGCGUGGUUGCUCAGUGACAAAAAAGCGAGCGCGGCUUGCUAUGUGAACGGGAACACUGAUGGUUGGUUGGUUGGAUGGUUAGCUAGCUGCUCAUAAGUUCGAUGAUGAUGAUGAUGGUGAUGAAUAAAGAAGAAAUGAAGCAUAAAACGAUAGCAUAAAAAGUGGUUCGGCGUUGGAGUGUUGUCUGGAGCAAGCGAGUGCCGCGAAUGCCGGUUGUCCAGGGCCUGUGAAGCGCUACGGCAGCUGACGAUGGAUCUGACGUUAAUCACCGUUCGGUUGAGAGUUUACGAUAUUUUUUCCGUGCACGUGUCAGUGGUGGUCAAAUAAGGCGCGCGUGAAAGUUGAUUUUUGCGUACGCCGGGGUUCAUAUGGCAGCAGCAGUAUGGAUGAUAGUUGUGGCGGGACUUGACUGAAAUAUGUUCGCACAUUGUGGUGAUGUGGUCGAGGGCCGCCAAUAGCGCCCAUUAGGAAGCCCGAGGAAUGGAAUUCAAAGUUUGAAAUUGAACGGAAACCGGACGCCCGGGAUACAGAAAAAAACCCAUCGCAGCCCCAAAAGCACCAUGCAUCAUUGGUCUCCGUAUUGGAUUUAGCGGCGUGGUGGUUGCCAAUCGAAAAAAAAAGGGAUGAACGUUGGUGAAAUGACGACGCCGACUACGAUGGCCACGUGGCAGCAUGCUCACUGACCAUGGAUCACCGCAUCGGACCCUGUAUCGCAGUGUGUCGGGCCACGAAUUACAAAGUGAGUUCUUUUGUGUGGAAUAAUCCGGAAAAUCCGGGGGUGAAAUAAUCGGAAUUGCAACGGGUGUGCCUCACUGCCCUCGCGUCGCGUCGUCGGUUGUUUUACACAGUGUAUAAAUGAACAGCCCCAGCCCUGAGCCUAGGAGUCUCUCUCUGAUGGAUGGAAUAGUAUAGUGUUGAAUCAGCUUGAAUCAGCUCGAUUCGGCUGCUUGCAGUUUGAUACCGGGCGCAAAAGAAGAGUGUGAGGGAAACAUUUUUAAUUAAAAAUUUGAAGGACGCUCGCGCGCGUGGGAUGCCUUUCGAGUCGGAAUUCACAGCUACGGAAUUGGAAUAGUGAAGUCCGAUCCUGCUAAUCAAAACAAACGGAAUCCCCGCCGGUGAUAAAGUGCGGCUAUCAAAGUGCGAGAAACACUAUUAACUCCGAAACGAAAAAGAAGCACCAAUCACUUCUGGCAACGGGCGCCUCGACCUUUUGGGACUUGUGUGAACAAACCGAAACAAAACACACACCUCCAGAUAGUGUAGAUAUAGCCAGAAUCAACAAAAGAAGCGAGAAUGGGAAAAUGUGUCAAUAAAGUGUGAAACUUUCUUUCGCAUGUUUGGUUCCAUUCCAUUUCCAGCGCGCCAAGAAGGAUCCCAGUUGGCCGACCGUUGCCUUCGGUGCUGUUGGGGUGGGAAAAUUUAAGAAAACUCGCCUACUGCCACCGUUCUGUGCGCGGCGCGCUUUCAACCUUGUGCAUGGGUUGCUGUGCGUUGCUUCAAGCUCUGGAACUGUACAGCAAAGCAAAGAAAAGCGUAUCGUAGAGCAAAUAGAAAGGGAUCCUCUCGUCCUGCCACCACCGACCGGGCCGAAUCGGCUUGGUGGUCGAAAACGUGUUCGGCAUUUCAAAAUGGUGAUCGCUUGGAUGGUGACGAUGGGGAGGACGACGACGACGAGGACAAGGACGAGAAGGAGGAUGAUAGCGACGACCACGGCCAAACGAAAUCCGGUGGCCACCGGAGCCGGACUGCUGCUGUUCUGGCUUGGACUGCUGGCAGUGCUGGUAAAUGGAAACACAGACUCCCGGAACGAGCAGGAGCCAAAACCGAGCUUUGCCAGCCCCAUAGAAAAUGUGACAGUUCCUAUCGGUAGAGAAGCUACGUUAAGCUGUGUUGUACAAAAUUUAGGUGCCUAUAAGGUUGGAUGGAUGCGUGCUUCCGAUCAGACCGUGCUGGCCCUGCAGGGUCGGGUUGUGACACACAAUUCACGCUACAGCGUGACCCAGGAGGAGUCCAACGUGUGGCGGCUGAAGAUCCGAAACGUCCGGGAAUCGGACCGUGGCUGCUACAUGUGCCAAAUUAACGCGACGCCACUGCAGAAGCAAGUGGGCUGCGUCGACGUACAGCUGCCGCCGGAUAUUUCGGACGAGCAGUCCUCGUCGGAUAUGACGGUCCGCGAGGGAGGCAACGUGACAUUCUUCUGCAAAGCCACGGGGCAUCCGACGCCGAAGGUGACCUGGCGGCGUGACGAUGGCAGUCCGCUCUAUCAGCAACGCAACGGGACCGAACUGCGACGAGUUGAUACCCAUAUUGGUAAUUUUCUAAAUUUAUCAAACGUAGAUAGGAGACAGAUGGGCGCCUACCUGUGCAUCGCGUCGAACGAGGUCCCGCCGGCCGUCAGCAAGCGAGUCUAUCUCAACGUGAACUUUGCCCCCAACGUCACCACUGCGAAAACUCUCCAGGGUUUCUACGAAGAUUCGGACAUCGAGCUGGUAUGCGCGGUCGAAUCAUUCCCCCGAUCGGUCAACUACUGGACCAAGGUUUCCAACGGUGCUGGUGGCAGUAGCAGCAGCAGCAGCAGUUCCAUCUCUUCCUACCGGCAGGAGAUCAUGCUGAACAACGAACACAUGGAAAUCCGCGAGCAGUACACCAACUCCUACUCGAGUCGGACCACGCUGCGGAUUCAGCGUUUUAGCGCCGCGGACGCCGGCAGCUACAUGUGCAUAUCAUCGAACGCCUUUGGCAAGGCAAACAAAACCAUUAGAGUUUAUGAAAUCAAACGGCCAACUACGACCACCACCACCACCACGACAACGACAACAACUACUACGACGACGACGACCACUACGCCGGAGCCGCCUACUACGAUGCAGCAGGAACGGCGGACCACUCUAAUGGGACACCGUAAGUUUGGGGCACCGGAGGUGGUGCCGCAUCCCCCGACGGACUUCAUCGUCGAGUACAUCACCAAUCCGCCGGUGUACGUCGAGUACGGUCCCAACGGGGAGCCCUACUUCAACCACUACCCGCAGCUGACGGCGUACUCCAAGUCUUCCCCGACGAACCACGGCCACGGUGGAACCGGCAGCGGCGGUGGCCAUGGAGGAGGCGGCGGCGGUGGGUCCGCUGGCGACGGGUCGUCCUCGUGCGGCUCGCUGCUGGUGCCCUCCGGCGAGGAACGCCUCAUGACCAUUCUGGUUAUGACGGCUCUGUCCUGUUUGUCGUUUUUUCGCUUCUUUCAAGUCUAUCUGCCCUGGAUAACGUUUUUUCUGCUGCUGCUGCUGAUCGGCCGGAAGCCCAAGGAGAAAAGUUUCGUCCUGAUCCAGCAGCGGCACGGGGGACUGUGAACUCGGAGGCCGAGUGUUGAUUUGUUCUCUUUUCAUUUUCGGUUCUAUUUCUGGGUUCUCAUUUCUAAGUUAGUAAGUUCGUAGGAUCACCAUCGAUUAAGAUUGAAUGAAGAUAAACUCUCUCUAGGCUAUAAUGUAGUGACAUCAGAUUGGAAAUGAUAUGUCUUCUGCAAGUGAGUGGCAGAAGACGGCGUUGAAUAAAUAAAUGAAAUAUUUCUAGUAAAAAGUGUAUAUAAGCGGAAUCAAAAGCAGAAGCGCAGUGUAUGAGGAACUUUUCUCUAAUGUCAGAGAAAAAGUGAAGUGAAUCAAACGAAUAGAAAUCAGUUACAAAACCAAAAUGAGAUAAGUACGUUUAAUAAAUGAUGUAUAUUAUAACAAAUGAA